UUUGCACAAUGUUGAAAUUUUGCGAUUAUAACGGAAUGAAAAAGAGGAAAUGAUUUUUUCCGCGGUCGCUUCUUCUGCUUUAGUGUGUUUAAUAGUGUAAGACCGCCGGAGGAAAACAUCACAAGCAAGGUGAGAUGAAGGACAGACUUGGUGAGCUGCAGACCGUCACCCCAAAGCCCGCAUAUGUGGAGCCCAGGCCCGAUGAGGACAAUGAUGAUGCAGAGGGCGAGAUAGAGAUGGAGCAACAUGCCAUCGUGUUCGAGGGAGACGAUGUGAUGGAUGGCAUCUACAAGGACGCCCAGGCGAUGAGGAAAGAGAUGCUGCUGCUCAAAAUGGACGUGAAGCGUCUCGGAAAGCAGAACACCAGGUUCCUCACGUCCGUCAGGAGGAUCAGCAGCAUCAAACGGGACUCCAACGCGCUCGGACGUGACAUCAAGGCCAGAGGGGAGCGCAUUUACGCACGCCUGGAGAAGAUGGGGAAGCUGAGCAAGCAGAUGGAAGAGGAUCACGGGCCUGCCUCAGCUCUGUCUCGAAUGGUGCGCUCACAGUAUGUCACUCUGACCCGCGCCUUCCACGACGCCAUGUCUGAGUACAACGAUGCCGAGAUGGCGCAGAGGGAGAACUGCAAGACCCGCAUCCAGAGACAAGCAGAGAUCAUGGGCAAGGAGGUGACCAGGGAGCAGAUAGACGAGAUGAUCGAGACGGGCAAGUGGAACGUCUUCUCUGACAAUCUCCUGCUGGAGGGGAGGACUGCCAGACACGCUCUAACGGAGAUCGAGAACCGGCACAAGGAGCUUCUGGAGCUGGAGAGCCGCAUCCGGGACAUUCACGAGCUUUUCUUCCAGAUGGCCCUGCUGGUGGAGGAGCAGGGCUGCAUGCUGGAUAAUAUAGAAUCAAAUGUGGGUGCAACUCAGGACUAUGUUGCCAAAGCCACGAUUCAGAUCAAAAAGGCUGUGAUCUACAAGAAAAACCAUCCUUGUAAAAAACUGUUUUGCUGUUGCUUCCCUUGCUGCAAAUGAGGCGGUAUCAGUGUUAUUUUUUUCUGUCAGUGUCCAGAGAAUAUCAAGAUUAGAUUCAAAUCAGCUUCUUAUGCAAAGAUGCCUGUAAUAUUUUACUUUUGGUUUCUAUAUUUAUUGAACUCAAAUAUAACAAUGACCUCAUUUUAAGGACUUGAAUUGUAGGUAGAAUAUAUAAAUAUAAAUUUCACAUCCUAGUAUCAUUUUCUUUACUGUGCUGGUCUAAGAAAAAAAUCUGCAUGUCAAACCACACGUCCACAUGCAAAUUUGUGCAAUGUGAUAUGAGUGACACAUUUCCUGAAUCUUAAUUAGAACAGCUCUAUUACUGUAAAGAAAUCUAAGCCAUAAUUUAACGCAUAACUCUCAGCUUUGUACCUACACUUUCAGCUUUUAUGUUUUCUAAUGUUGUGAUAGAUUAUUUCUAAAUAAAUGCCUACAUGUGGGCGGUUUUUGACAACCUGAAUGUAACAUAACUGGAACUUGUCUACUUCUUAUAGCCAUUGCUAAAGAGGUCUUUAGUAAUGGAGUGAACACAACAUAGCCUCUGAUUGUGGUUAGAUGGGGAAACAAGAUAGUUUAGAGUGAAUUGUGCAACUUUUCGAUGGCU